GUAAGGAGGAAAGGGCGAAUGCCUUGCUGAGACCUGGGUACCGCGCUCGCGACGGUUGAGCUGUGCUUGAGGUAGGGAGCAAUGAACCGGGAACUCGAGCCAUGGGACUGUACAUGGGAACCAAGACGAAUCGGAAGGGGAGUAGAGAUGUCGGUACCGUCGAGCUAUGAAUGGAAGGGGACCACAUGUGAUUGGCGGGGGUAUGAGAUUGUGCCGGAGCUAUCGUACCUAUGGAUAGAGCGAGUCUGGAACCCGUUGAGGGAAGAGGAAGGAUGGGAAGAGAUUGCAGAAGGGAGGGUGGAAUCAAUCGGGACGAUUGUUCUCUCCGAACAAGGUUGGCACCUGUUCUGCACAACGCUCGCGGCAGGACAGGACCCGAUGUGGCUUUUAGGGGACGCUGGGGCAAGGGCUCGACAGGCGGGGGAAAGGUUUGCUAACAAGGGUUGGGAUACGGUCAACAGUAGAGUCGUGAUGGGAGGAUGGAAGAAAUUUAAACCGCCUGGCACCCGAACCAAGAUCUGGGUGCCCGAGUUCGUGGCGGACUGGUUUGGGGGCUUUGAUCAUGUAACAGAGGUGGCGGACACGAUGGAACGAAUACACGUGGACUGCGCAUGGCUGGCAGAGGAAUCCUAUAGGACGUCCUUGAAAUUCGGGCCCUUCCAUGGCGAUAGAGCCCGGGAGGUUCUUAUCAUUUUGGAAAUCAAAAGGAAUGACCGACAGGAGGUGGCCCCGGAAACUAGGGAGGCCAUAAUCCGCCGUGAGGUGGCAGCAACACCCUGGCGGAUUGCGGGCCAGGAGAUCGAAGGCGAGUGCGCGAUGGCGCGAAGAAGGACGUUCCUUGGGGAACGCCCCUUGGGCAUUGAACCGCCGAGGGAAGUGCCGGGUGGUGUAGAGGUUAGCUUGCCGACGACAAGUGAAGGCUGGCACCAGGUGGCAGAUUGGGUCGGGGUCGAGCUUGCGGAAAAUAUGGUUUACUUGGUGACGAAAGUUGAGUGGCGUGCGGAAGAGAAUGGGGAAUGGAACCCGGACCCGCGGGGGCAUGUGCGUGCAGAAGGACGGUUGUAUGUGUCAAAGGAUGGGUGGAGGGAGUUCGGAGUUCGGUUGGCAUCAGGAGAAAACCCGUUGAGCAUGUUUGAAGGGGCAUGGCAGUUAGUAUGGCAGGCGGGGUUUGAGUUCGCAGAUCCGAGGUUUGACGACGUAACAGCGGACCUUAGGGUGGCCAUGGUCGGGAGUUUCGAAUUGCCUAGUGAAAAUGUACGAAUGAGGCUGCCGCCCUUCCUGCUGGGAAGGCUGGGCGGGCUGGGACUUGUUAGACGAGCAGUGGUCGAGCUCGCAAGCUUGACAUACGAAGAGGCAAUGGUACAUCGAGAAUACUAUCGGGUCUUCUUAGAAAUGGGGUCGUUCAGUGGAGAGCAGAAGUAUAAGGUGCUGCGCAUCCUGCGUGUCGUGUUUAGCACCAGGCCGAGGGCUCCGGUUGUGGGAAGUGAGGUCCUGUGGGGUGUCAUCCGAUGAGAAAUAAGUCAAGGGAUGGUGUACAUGGAUGAUCUAUACCGAUUGUAUGACCCGCUGGAAGUAGGAACAGGUCGGUAAUAGGGUCGA